CUGCCUCACCCUCUCCAGUUGCUGAGAUUAUGGACCUGUGCCACCACACCCAGAUCACAACAUCCUUUUAAGUUUUCCAGGGACACAGCUUAGAAAAAUGCAGGCCUCAUGUGUCACCAACUGCUGACCCACCGCCUUGAUGACAGCACCCCUGUGCACCUUCCCAGUUCAGUUCCGGCAGCCCUCAAUCAGCGGCCUCUCACAGAUCACCAGAAGCCUGUACAUCAGCAAUGGUGUAGCUGCCAACAACAAGCUCUUGCUGUCCAGCAACCAGAUCACUUCAGUCAUCAAUGUCUCAGUAGAGGUGGUAAAUACCAUCUAUGAGGAUAUCCAGUAUACACAGGUGCCUGUGGCUGACGCACCCGUCUCCAAGCUCUAUGACUUCUUUGACCCCAUUGCUGACCACAUCCACAGUGUGGAAAUGAAGCAGGGCCGUACACUGCUACACUGUGCCGCUGGCGUGAGCCGCUCAGCCACUUUGUGCCUUGCCUACCUCAUGAAGUACCAUGCCAUGUCCCUGCUGGAUGCCCACACAUGGACCAAGUCAUGUGUGACCUAG